CCCUUCUCUUCCAACGGUUACUUCUCCACUCUCUCUCUCUCUCUCUCUACGCCUCUAGAUUCUUGUUCUCUCUCCACAUCUUCUUCUUCGUCUCCUCCCGCUCUACAACCUAUUUCAAUCCUUCUUCCUUUCCCCGGUUUCCGCAUUCGGCAUGAAGCAUUUCAUGAUGCCGAGGAAUCCAAUCUUGAGGGAAAACCACGACGCUGUUAAUGUAUCUCCAAACCCUAAAUCGAAGCCUACUACCCCAAACCCGCCCUCCCGGAAGCUCAAAACCAGCAAGGAGAACGCUCCGCCGACACCGCCGCCGCCUGCAGAUCCCAAUUUGCCCACGUCGUCGCCGGUGCUCAAGACCAAGAGUGCGCUCCCCCCUCGCCCUCCACUCAAACGCAAGCUCAGCGUGGAAUCUGUCGCUUCCGAUUGUGCGCCGGCUGGGACUUCAUCGGAUUCUGGUGUCAAGGUAAUAGUGCGUGUGCGUCCACCGAACAAGGAGGAAGAUGGAGGAAAUGUAGUUCAGAAAAUUACAGAAGAUUCUUUGACAAUAUCCGGGCAAACCUUUACAUUCGAUUCCAUUGCAGAUAUUCACUCAAAGCAGAGUGACAUAUACGAGCUAAUAGGUGCACCUUUGAUUGAAAAUUGUCUAGCUGGAUUCAACAGCUCGGUCUUUGCAUAUGGACAGACUGGGAGUGGCAAGACAUACACAAUCUGGGGUGCAUCAAAUGCAUUGCUGGAUGAAGAUCAGCAAGGCUUAGCUCCCCGUGUCUUUCGCAGGCUCUUUGACCGGAUUAACAAGGAACAAAAAGAAUCUGACAGACAAUUAGUGUACAUGUGUCGCUGCUCUUUCCUCGAGAUCUACAAUGAACAAAUAACUGAUUUAUUGGAUCCCAGCCAAAAAAAUCUCCAGAUUAGGGAAGAUGUUAAAGCAGGUGUUUAUGUUGAAAAUUUAAGGGAGGAGUGUGCAUCAUGUAUGGAGGAUGUGUCACAACUUCUAAUCAAGGGGUUAUCAAACCGUAGAACCAGUGCCACCUGUGUUAAUUCUGAGAGUUCUCGAUCCCACAGUGUUUUCACGUGUGUUGUUGAAUCACGUGGCAAGAGUGCUGCCGAUGGUUUAAGCCACAUGAGAUCAAGCAGAAUCAACUUUGUUGAUCUUGCUGGAUCGGAGAGACAAAAGCAAACAGGUGCGGCUGGUGAGCGCUUGAAGGAAGCAGGGAAUAUCAAUCGGUCUCUUUCACAGCUAGGGAACUUGAUAAACAUCCUGGCUGAAGUUUCUCAGACAGGAAAACAGAGGCACAUUCCAUACAGAGACUCAAAGUUGACAUUUUUGCUACAGGAAUCUUUAGGUGGGAAUGCUAAGAUGGCAAUGAUAUGUGCCAUUUCUCCAUCUCAAAGCUGUAAGAGUGAAACUCUUAGUACACUCAGAUUUGCGCAACGAGCUAAAGCAAUUAAGAACAAAGCUGUUGUUAAUGAGGAAAUGCAGGAAGAUGUUAGUGUCUUAAGAGAAGUGAUUAAACAACUUAGAGAUGAACUUCACCGAAUGAAGGCCAACAAUCAAACUGGUCAGGGUGGGGCAUAUGCAACUGGGUGGAAUGCGAGGAGAAGCUUGAAUCUACUGAGAUAUAGCCUCAACAGGCCAAUGAUGUUACCACAUAUUGAAGAUGAUAGCGAUGAGGAAAUGGAAAUAGUGGAUACAGAUGAAACAAUGUCUACUAUGCCAGAUGAAAAAUACAUAUGUUCACCGAGACAGGAUGACAAAAGCACAGACAUUAAUAUGGAAGAUGAAACAUCAGAAACAGUUCACAAGUCAAAUACUAUCAGUCCUGGAGCAUUGGAAAGACAGUUAAAGACCUCGCAGGGAAAGUCUGAGGUAGCACCCGAUGAUGGUUCUUGUGGAAUGUCUAAAGAUGGAGGGGGUUCCGCAGUUAUUGAAAAUUUGCCAAAUGAUGAUAUCUCCGGGAAGCCAACAGAGCAAUCUUCCCCAGUGCAACUUGCUGAAGCUGCAGAGAACACACCUGAGAAGUCCGAAAAUAUCAUUGGUGAUGGUAUAGCUUCUAAUGUCGGUGACAUCCCUUCUGAUGUGUCCCCUCCUCUGAAGUCCCCUGCUCCUACUGUUUCACCAAGAUUGAACAGUAAUAGAAAAAGUCUCAAGACAUCAUCCACAGCAAUUGCUUCUCAGGGUCUUCUGAUUCCAGAUAACUUGAAGACUACGAUUAAAUCUACUGCUAAGCCAUUAAAUAGUAUCCAUGCAAAUUCUCUCUCCUCCCGAAAAUCUUGUUUUGCUUCAUCAUCAGCUCAAUUGGCUGCUACACUUCAUCGUGGUCUUGAAAUUAUUGACAAUCAACGCCACAGUCCUGGUCUUAGACGGUCGGCAUAUAGAUUCUCUUGCAUGCCAGCUGAUAUUAAAGCUGUUAUGCCAGUUGUCAAAGUUGAUGUAGGCAUUCAAACUGUUUUAUACGAUGAUGAAUCAACGGAAAAGCAUACAGAAGACUCUCUGUGUAGCAAAUGCAAGACUAGUAGGCUCCAGCAGGAGCUCAUUAAUGAUGGUACUGACGAGAAUAUGCAGUUAGUACCUGCGAAUGAGUCACCAUUGCCUAACAAAUGCAAAGCACAAGUUCCCAAAGCAGUAGAAAAGGUUUUGACUGGAGCUAUUAGGAGGGAGAUGGCAUUGGAAGAGAUAUGUUCCAAACAGAAUGCAGAGAUCAUGCAACUUAAUCGAUUGGUCCAGCAGUACAAACAUGAGAGAGAGUGCAAUGCCAUAAUUGGUCAAACUCGUGAAGAUAAGAUUGCUCGACUUGAGAGUCUUAUGGAUGGGAUAUUGCCAACAGAGGAGUUCAUGGAGGAGGAACUCUUGUCGUUGACUCAUGAACAUAAAAUCCUUCAGAAGCAAUAUGAUAAUCAUCCCGAAGUCUUGAGAACACAAAUUGAGUUAAGAAGGGUCCAAGAUGAACUUGAAAGAUAUCAAAAUUUCUUUGACUUAGGAGAAAGGGAUGUUUUGUUGGAAGAAAUACAUGAUCUAAGGACUCAGUUGCAAUUUUAUCUUGGUUCUUCAGCCGAGUUAGUUAAAGGAAAAACGCCUCUCCUUCAGCUAACUUCCUCUAGCGGGCUAAACACGGUUCCUGCUUUAUCCACCUCUGCAGAUCUUACUGAAAAUGCUGAGCAGAGACUGGAGCAGGAGAGAAUUCUGUGGGCCGAAGCAGAGAGCAAAUGGAUUUCCCUUGUUGAAGAACUUAGAAUGGAACUUGAAUCCAACCGAUCAAUUACUCAAAGACAAAGGCAAGAAUUAGAUAUUGAAAAGAAGUGUUCUGAAGAGCUGAAAGAAGCAAUGCAAAUGGCAAUGGAAGGCCAUGCCCGCAUGCUUGAACAGUAUGCCGAGCUUGAGGAGAAACACAUUGAAAUGCUCGCCAGGCAGAGGAAGAUUCAUGAUGGAAUUGAUGAUAUCAAGAAGGCAGCAGCCAGAGCAGGGGUAAAAGGGGCAGAAUCUAGAUUUAUCAAUGCUCUAGCUGCUGAAAUUUCAGCACUCAGAGUGGAAAGAGAGAAGGAGAGACAGUACUUCAGAGAUGAAAAUAAAGGGCUCAAGGCUCAACUGCAGGAUACUGCUGAAGCAGUUGAGGCUGCUGGGGAAUUACUCGUGCGGCUUAAAGAAGCAGAAGAGGCUAUAGCUGCUGCAGAGAAACGAGCGUUGAUGGCAGAGCAGGAGACCGAAACUGCCUACAAAGAGAUGGAAAAAUUGAACAAACUGCUCGCAGCCGAUCACAUAAUGCAAGAAGAUAUCAGAGCUCAAGACAGCCAUAAAGACAACAACGAUGAUCAACAAUGGCAAGAGGAAUUCGCGCCAUCAUAUGGUGUCGAAGAUGAGCCAUCAUCAUGGUUCUCCGGCUACGACCGCUGCAAUAUAUAAUAAUAAUAAUAAAUAAAAACACUCUCGAUUCUUUACAGUCCCCCAUCACAUUUUGUGUGCCAUUUGUUGUAUGUAACAGUACACAGUAGUAAGUAAUACAGUUUGUCGAAAAACAACAACCAUG